GCUCGGACGUUCAUGGAGCUCACCAGCGCAGUGUGCGCCGACAUGCCCGAGGGGACCCGUGCCGCCGUCGUGGGGCUGGUAGGCGCCGCGCAGUCCAGUUUCCUGUUCAUGGUCUUGGGGCUCUACUCCCUGAGCAUCGGCGAAGGCCUAGGCAAGCUGUUUUACGACACGCAGAUCUGCCUCCCCGUGUGGACCCUCAUCGGCAGCCUCGUCUUACUGCCUGUGCACAUCAACGCGACGAGCCUGGGCUCCUACACGUCCCUGAUCUACGUGAACUGCUCGACCAUCCUGGGGAGCAUAUUCGGGCCGGCGCGCCUCUGA